GUCGGUUCGGUUGCCGGGAACGCAAAUAGCACGUGGCCUGUAGCCGGCUGCUGCGCCUGCAUUGAUUCACGUUUUUCCACACAGUUGAGUUGUAAGAUGGCGGCGCGGUGGGGAACAGGCGAGGAGAUGUUAAAAGCCUGUAAUGCUCAAAUGUUCUCGCCGGUGAAUCUUGACGAGGUAGAAAGCUUCGCUGCCAGCUGUCUGGAGUAUCCUGGCCUUAGCAAUGGAGAUGCUCUGGAGGCUUUACAAGGCUGCCUUGAUCCUUCUAUUUUGUCCAUUUUUGAAGACAGCCCCACUGGAGAAGUUAAAAGUAAUAUCGAUGAGGAAAGUGAAGCGACACUGCUCACAGCUCUCACUGAAAUACUUGACAAUGUUGAUGAUGAAAACUUGUCCCCUUUUGACACCCUGCCGGAUUCAGACCUGUUCUCGGGUCAGAAGGGUCAGGAACAUUCACCACUAAGAAAGUUCCUCACACGGUCUCCUCCAGAGUCAAUGAUUUACACAAGACAGUUUCCUGGGAAGAGUCUCCCGCGAAUGCAAAGAGUGUCCCAGCAGAACAGUGAAGGAGAAGAGGAAGAUGGAGACACUAGUUUUUCAACCCCAAUAGCCAAUAUUGAUUUGUCAUCACUGGAUGAAUUUGACUGGUGCCUUCCUGUGUCAUUAGAGCAGGAUGGAGAGAGCAUGCCUGUCACUCUCAGUGAUUUAGUAAAACACAUGCACCCUUACUGCAUGACAUUGUGUGUAGAAGGAGAAGAGGGCCAAGAGCAUCUUCUGCCCGAGAGGGGCUUAGUGUUAGAAGUGGUUGAUCAAGGAGAGCACGGAGAGCCCAUCCUAGCAAUCCCAGAUCUCAGCAUCCCUCUUCCUCACACAGACUCUGCAGAAGGUGAACAAAGAGUCCCCGAGAAUAGCAUAGACAAACCAGAACCCAAGCCUGAAAAAGUCCCACCUCCUUCUACAGUAUCUCCUGUGGAGGAGGAGAAAAAGGCUGUCAAGGUACGUAAAGAGAAAAAGAAAAGUAAACUACUUGAAGCCCCUCCUGUUGAACAGAGAGUUUUAAGAAGCUCAAAACUUAAGGAAGAGCCACAGAAGAAACGCCCGGAAGAACAAAAGAAGAAAAAGGUGACUUUCUCACCUGUGCUCUCAUUAGCAGUGCCCAAAAACCCUAAACUUGAUCGUCCUACAGAGAUGACAACCCUUAAACCGCAGGUUGAGAAGGAGCAUAUCCCAAUGCCUCAAGCUGAAGCAAAGAAAACUGACUCACAGCCAGAGAACAAACCUCUUGAAAAAUCAGUGGAGGAAGAACCACCCUCAAAAGAAGAGCCUGUUAGCGAACAGCCUGCUGUUUGUCAGCGUAAUGAAAUUAAGCCCAAGCCUCUCAGUUUACAGCAGUACCGUCUCCUUCGCCAACAGAAAAAACCGGAUCCUGUGGACAAAACGGAGGAUUACAGCACUAAAUGGCCCAAGUUGCCUGAAACUCCCAAGGAGCUUCCCCCAAUACCCUGCCUGCCUGACCCCAACCCCAGAGAUCCACGAAAAACUACGCAUACUCCUGUUAAAAAAGACCUUGCACCUGAAAUCAUGCCUGCAUGGCACCCGAGAGGCCCUGCUGCUCCCCCAACGCCUGAAGCCUUGCUCAUCCCACCGGCCUCACUGAUAGCUUCCUCUAAGAAACCUGCAGCUGCUAAACCAACCCCUCCACCUUCUGAAACAUCUAAAAGUUCACCUCAAUCAGUCCACCCCUCACCCCAGAAACUACCUGUUCCCAUCGGUGUGCCACAAAACACUAAUCAUACUGAGUCCUCUACCCCCAUUAGACAUGUGUCUGAAGUGGCCCCUGAAAGGACCGUUUCAUUGUCAGUGUCUACUACAUCUGGAGGCCCUCAAGGUCUUAAUGCACAUAAGGAAUGUUUACAUGGGGACCUCAGUGUUGCUCCCGCAAAGCCUCAGAUGGUCACUACACAAGUCCAGAGCUCAAACUCUAGCCCUCAUAAACCUCGUGUUGCUGUGCCUCUGAAGAGAGAGACCGAGCAGGUUGUUUUGGCCCCUGUGUCAGAUCAAGCCAAAAACACCCUGCCAACUAGUUCUAAAAAGCUGACCUCACGGUCACAGCCUCAUGUUGCACCAAUAGCUGCUCAGCCGUUUUUCUCGGCUCAAGUUCAGGCCAGAGUUGUUGAACUGGCAGAGCAGAUGAGGAUGGCUUCCUCUGAUAUCCCCAAACCGAAGAACACCACAGUUGAGCUGAUUGAAUCCUUCACAAGUGAAAUUGGUAUUGAAGCUGCUGAUCUUACAAGCCUCUUGGAGCAGUUUGAGGAGUCUCAGUCCAAAGAAGAGCAGAGUGUACCGGAGGUCUGUGGUAGAGCAGCCGCUGUAGGAAACUCCAGUUCAGAUCAGCAGGUGGAAACUAAAGCAGUGGAGAAAAUCCGCAACCAUGACCUGGGAAGCACAGCAGGCCUUACACCUCCUGCUACGCCCCCACACCAGAUGUGGAAGCCUAUAGCACCAGUUUCAUUACUGGGGAAAACCAAAAAGCCAGAGGUCCUUAAAGCAACACCUAACAAGGCCAUUCAAAUAGAGGCAAGGCCACUACCAUCAAAUAAGCUGCGCAGCAAGCCUCAGAGCCCCACUACUACUGGACAGACUCAGCCUUUCUCCCUUGAUCAUGACUACUGCCUCCCUCCAAAAGAAGAUGGUCAAAACGAAGUUGGCAGUCGGUGGAAUGUCAAACAACAGCCUAGCAUCAUAAUCAAGACGGUUGAGCUGCCGGCCAGCAAGCCAGCCCAGAGCAGCAUCUCCAAAGCUCCAACUGCUCUUUCAGCUACAGAAGGAACCCAGAAAAAUGUUAGCCUCGGUCAAACUUCUACAGAUACGAGGUGCACAUUAAAUAGCUCCGCCAUGGAGACUCCAGACGCCUCUCCAAGCAGGCCUGACCCUGAGAGCUCUUUACUGGAUGAUGCAAAAUGCGACCAGCAGAAAUCUGCAAACUACUCUGAGUGUUCCUCUAGACAGUACCAGGAGGACAGGGGCCGCUCGAAGCGAAGAUACAGAGCCCAGUCCUCCAGUAGCUCAGAAUCCAGCUCCGAGUCCUCCUCCAGAUCACGUUCACCACCCAGUAAAAGAUACAGGUCUCGUCGCUCAAGCAGCAGAUCCAGUUCUUCAUCUCGGUCUCGUUCCCGAUCCAGCUCGAGGUCAUUUUCCCCGCCCCGCCGGCGACGGUUUUCAUAUUCAAGUUCACGCUCUGGAUCCUGGAGCCGCAGCCGCUCUCGAUCCAGAUCCCGCUCCUCUGACAUUGGACAUCAGCGCUGGAAAAGCCACAGAAGCCCUAAUCAGACAUCUGUUUACCGGUAUUCACAAAAUCCCAGAGAGGAUUCAAAAAGAGGCAAGGAGAAAGCAAUUGAGGAGCGAAGAGUUGUUUAUGUUGGACGGAUUCGUGGAAGCAUGACUCGUAAAGAGCUGAAGGAACGCUUCUCAUUCUUCGGAAAGAUUGAGGAGUGCACUGUGCACUUUAGAGAAAAUGGGGACAACUACGGCUUUGUUACAUACUACAGCACGAAGGAUGCAUUUAAUGCCAUUGAGAACGGAAGCAAGCUGAGGGAGCAGAAUGAGCUUCCUUUUGACCUGUGCUUUGGAGGCAGGAGACAGUUCUGCAAAACCAGUUAUGCUGAUUUAGAUUCAAACCGGGAGUACGAACCCCAUCCUACAAAAGGCAAAUUUGAUGCACUAGACUUUGACACUUUACUCAAACAGGCUCAAAAGAACCUGAAAAGGUAACGAUUAGUCAAGCGGCAAGAGAGACGAACGAUUACCUCUGAGCAAAAUGCUGCCCCACACUUCCAGUGUUGCCUCUCAAUUAUUAUUUUUGGUUGUUUUUGUUUGUUUUUUUUCUUUGUGUUUUUGUUUGUUUCUGCAAGUUUACACCUUCUAUUGAAGUGAAGAUUUGUAAGAAAAACCUAAAGUGCAAAAAAAAAAAAAAAGAAAUCUAAUAAAACUGUGGAAUGAAAUAGAAUUUUUUAAAAGGAUUAACUUUAUUUAAAUGUUUAAUCUGAAUUGCUGAAUGUUGGAUACAUUUUUAAAUGAGCUGAAUGGAAACAUUAUGUUGGGGGAAAACAGGUUUACCAUGCUGAAUUUAUUUCAACCUAAAUAAACCUGAGAUAAAUUGUCUUGUCUGAGAUUAAAAA